UUCAUUUAUUCGUUGAUUGAAUUUAUAAGUUAAGGGCUGCCGUAUGUAAGUUUCACAAAAAUGCCCUUUGCUUAAAGAAGGUGUGUGUCGGGGAUAAAACCUUCGGUUUAGACUAAGAGAACGCUAGUGCUUUAGCCCAGCUUCCCCCAUAAUCUGUCACUCAGAAACCUUCACAUUGAAUUCGAUCUCUAGGGUUAGGAUUCUUUGGCUUCCUCAUGUCUGCCUGCAUAAUCCUCUUCUCUGUUCUGCCCAGGACUCUUACUGAAAUUUGACUUAAGAAAUGGUCAUGAAAGAAACCUUUCCUUAAAACUGCCAGUAAAGACUUCUUCAUGUGUUCAUUCCACAGAAACUUCUUGCACUCCUAUAAUGAGCCUGGCACUGUGGUGAAACGCUUUUACCUAUUGUCCAUGACCAAGUGAAUCUUCCCAAUGGCCCUAGGAGAUAAUGAUGCUGCUUGAGCUGAACAAUUAAGGGUUCUAAAGUCAAAAUCGUGAGAUUAAUAAUGGCAGGAAAAUCUUCACUUUUUAAAGUAAUUCUCCUUGGAGAUGGUGGAGUUGGGAAGAGCUCUCUGAUGAACAGAUAUGUGACCAAUAAGUUUGAUACCCAGCUCUUCCAUACAAUAGGUGUGGAAUUUUUAAAUAAAGAUUUGGAGGUGGAUGGACAUUUUGUUACCAUGCAGAUUUGGGACACGGCCGGUCAAGAGCGAUUCAGAAGCCUGAGGACACCAUUUUACAGAGGUUCUGACUGUUGCCUGCUCACUUUUAGUGUCGACGAUUCUCAGAGCUUCCAGAACUUGAGUAACUGGAAGAAAGAAUUCAUAUAUUACGCAGAUGUGAAAGAGCCCGAAAGUUUUCCUUUCGUGAUUUUGGGCAACAAGAUUGACAUAAGUGAACGUCAGGUGUCUACAGAAGAAGCCCAAGCCUGGUGCAGGGACAACGGCGACUAUCCUUACUUUGAAACAAGUGCAAAAGAUGCCACAAAUGUCGCAGCGGCCUUUGAGGAAGCAGUUCGAAGAGUGCUUGCUACUGAGGAUAGGUCAGAUCACCUGAUUCAGACAGACACGGUCAGUCUGCACCGAAAGCCCAAGCCUAGCUCAUCUUGCUGUUGAUCGUUAGAGAGGUUGCCCAUGCGAUCUAACCAACUUACACACAUUCACAGAAAAACAAAACACGGUGGAGAAGAGAAUUAGCAUUUGCAGCAAUGGAUCAUCUACUCAUAAAAUUAAACUAACCAUAUUGCUGCUUUGUUAGUGGGUGGGAGAAGGGACACAUCCACUCAUGGAAGAAUCAAUGUACUCAGUAGUGGCACCUUACAUUUAUAAAUUGUAAUGGUUGUCUAAUAACAUUUAAUUUAAAUAUGUACCUUGCAGAGCUAAUAAAUGAGAUGAUCAAUACUUUAAUUAUAAUUAAAACACUUGAAUAUUCUGGAAGUUAUUGUUUGUUUUUCCUGGGAAAAUGGAGAACUACUUUUUAUAUGUGUAUAUUUUUAUGUAAUUAGCAUUCAGUUCCUGGUUGAGGGGAAAAAAGAUUCCCUAAAGCAAUAAUGUUAAUAAAGAUUAAAACCUAA